AGAAAAUACGAUCAGGACAUUAUAGUACUAUCAGGACAUUAUACCCUCCCAUGUUUGUACUUUUGGCGCCAAAAAACAAAAACAAUCAUGUCGGCCAUUCGACCGAAUUUGUGCCCACACAUAACAGAAGAAGUUGCCAAUGAGCUGAAAUCUGUAGGUGUUAAAACUGUUUCAGACUUUAUUAGAAUGGACCUGGAACAUCUGGCUCAAGAAACUACAAUUUCAUUUAAGGAUCUUGCUGUAAUAAGAAGACUCCUUUUGGCUCGGUUUUCUACUUUUCCUGUGAAUGGUACAGACUUCUACCAAACAGCCAUUGACUCAUCAUCAAUACUACCAACUUCGGUCAAUAAGUUGAAUGAGUUACUAGAUGGUGGACUUUACACAUCAGAAGUUACGGAGGUUGCUGGAGAAAUUUCCUCGGGUAAAACACAGUUGUGCCUAAGUUGCUGUGUUUCUGUGGUUAUGACAGCCAGGCAGAAUGUUGUGUACAUAGACACAUGUGGUGGUUUCUCAGCAGACAGACUGGCUGAAAUAGCAGAAUCUCUUUAUGGAGAGGAACAUUUGGAGCACAUUCUGCAGUCAGUGAAAGUUGUGGAAGCAUUUGACAUUUUUCAACUGAUGUCAGCACUGCAAACAAUUAAGGAACAAAUGGUUAUAAAGGAUGAUUCAUUUUUUGAGACUCUCAAGCUGAUUAUUGUGGACAGCAUUACAGCAGUUAUCUACCCUACACUGGGAGGACAGCAGAUGGAUGGACAUAGUCUUAUGGUACAGCUUUCUCUAAAAAUGAAACAUCUGGCUGCAGACUUCAGUCUAGCUGUAUUGGUUAUAAACAAUGUUAAUGGUGAUGGAAAGGUCAGUCUAGGUAAAACGUGGUCACAUGUCCCCCACAGUCGCCUGAUCAUCUCCCAUCACAGGGACCACAUGCCAAAUAUCAGGGAAGUUAUGUUGGUGAAAAGCUCAAGAUUGGCUACAGGCAGUAAAGUUAUGUUGAAAAUAACAGAGAAAGGGAUUGAGGAUAUGACAUUGAUUGAAGAUAUGACAUGAGCCCCACUGCAAGUUAAUGCACAGUGGUACAUCAUCCAGCAUUACAGUCCUAGCAGGAAGGCAGUAACAGGUGCCACACCAUGUCAGGUGCUAGCUUGAGGUGUAACACUCUCGACAGAGCUGCCCAAGUAAUGCUCAAUGGCGCUUCCUUUGAGCAUGACAAUCCUGGAAAAAAGACGACAGUAACAAACACCACACAUUACAAUCAAUCCAGUGAAGAUUUUAUCAAGCAUACUCCGAUAACAUGCAACUUAGAACAGCGAGACAUACCACCAUAAAAUUUUCCGAUGCAAUGGCAGACAUUGAUUCUUGCAUGUCAAAAACACAUGCAACUCCUUAAUAGAUUAUUCAAAUUUGUUAUGAGGAUGAGAAUGGCAACUCACUAUGGACAUUAUUGGUAGAAGCUGAAUACAUGUACUGUACUUUAUGUUAUGUGUGUAGCUUUAGAAAUUAAUAAAAACUACUUUGUA